CAUGUUAAAUACCAACAGCUAUACUAUCCUUCUGCGUGCGCACUCUUCAUCCACCCGACAUUCAUUUCCAUUCGUGGAAAAAUUUCGCAGCAGCUCAUCUUGAAAAUCGUCCCUUCGCCGCCUACCUAGUAUAAUUAUUUCGCACCCAAACGCCCAAUCUUCAACUGUGACAUUUGAUUUUAGCUAAUUUUCCUGUUCAAUAUCAGUGUUCUGAAAAAAUCUGUGUGAAAAGUGAUCAAGUGCAAGUGGUAAUUUCAGUGCAAAAGCUCACAAAGUGUACGGAAUUUUGUUUUCAUUUUUCGAUAAAAAUUGGUUCAUUUUACGCCUCACAGCACACAAUCAGCAAUAUAAAAAAAAUACAAUUAUGUUUCGCUACGAAUGGCUUAUUUUCUGAGGCAAGAAAAUCUGUUUUCCCACGGCUUUAUAACUUUGCACCCGCAGCCCACAUACCUAGACCAGUAGUAGAAAAAACGCCGUGAAGCACCUUGAGAGGCGAGGACACAAGAUAAACUUUUCCAAUGUCGAGGCUCUUCAUGAAUACGACGUACCUGGACGAAGCGAACGGCAACACGCUGCUGACCCAUCCAUCGACGGGCGCAGCUGCAACAGUGGGGGUGGUAGACCAAGUGGCGACUACAGCAACGGUGGUGGCCAACGAAACCCUUAUCAUUCAAUCAGCCUCGAACGAUGACCUCAGCCAGAGCCUUUCCGAGUACACCGAUGCGGACGAAAGCAUCUCGGCACCCACGGAACUACUCGCCGAGUUUCUGUCCGCGGUGAUGUUGCGUGAUUACGUGAAUGCCCUCAAGUACUGCAAGCUAAUUUUGCAAUACGAGCCAAACAACAGCACGGCUCGGGAUUUCUACCCGCAUAUCCUGUCGAAAAUAGCCUCGGAAGCGAGCAAUGGCGGGGGUGGCGGUGGUGGGACAGAACAGCUGUCGGGAGAAAGCGACGAGAACUACAACUUCAACUACAGUACCUCGUCGUCCAAUUCGGACGACAUCAACAUCGACGAGGUGGUGAUGGUUUGCAGCAGUGAAAGCGAGCAAUCCUCCAACUGCAGUUCGUUUCUGGACUAUUCGAACAGCAGUGGUGGCAACAACAGCAGCAGCAGUAGCAGCAGCGGCAGUGGAGGCGAAGAGCUGGAUGAACAGGCUCUGAAUCGCAUAAAUAGUAACAGCACCGAGUCGGAUCAGUUGCCACCGUCGCAAUCGGCUACGGAUAAUAAUACGUCGCAUUCCUACUCGAGUCUGCUGCUGGAGGAGGAGGAAAAGGACCUAACACUGUCGGAUAUCUCCAACUUGAACAUUGAGGACGAUGAGAAUGAUUCCGGCGACGGUCCCGGGGCUUCGCACUCAUCCUCCAAAGUGGACACCCAUCAGUCAUCAUCGGUGGUCGCUGCUCAACCAAUCAAAGCUCAACCGUCAUUAACGUCAUCACCCAAAACUCAAUCCAGCACUCCACUGGCAUCGAAAAUAGUGGCCAUGCUGCGCGCUCGUGUCAUACCUUCCAAACAUUCCUCUGCAAACGAUUAAAAUCUAUCUCUAGAUCUAUCUGCGUAGAUACUUUAUGUACAUGUACGUAGGCACAAAUAGCUAACACACAAUAUCUCGAACGAACCUAGGGCCUUGCUAUAUAUAUAUAUUUGAAAAUCAGUCCAAAGAAACCCAUAAAACUGUUGUUUAUCGUAUUUUACUUCUAAUUAUACUGAAAAAAAUAUUAUAUAUCUAUAUUAUUGGCAAAUAUUUAACCCCUCUCUAUCAACCAAGUGAAACAUUUAGGUCCUACUAGAGUUGGUAAAGUGACACAUAGCGUGCGCAUAUGAUCAGUUCCUGCUGGCUAAAAGUAAAAUGAAGAACAAGUAGCCCAAAUAGGAGGAUUUGCAGUUUAUUUACCCCUUUGCGGUGAGUAGUGAAUCAUUCGAACCGAUAACCAUCAUCGAGAGACCAACUUCUUAUGGAGAUAGAAGAAUCACAUCAAUUUUAGGUACAUUUACAGGUGAAUUAUACUAUACGAAGUAGACGAGGGUGCGCGCGAGUAAUAGCGAUGCGGUGUAAUCGAAAUGACUGAUCUUUUCCCUUCAGUUUCCAGUAGAUAAGUGAUUGGCGGGUGUGUUUAGCAAGAAAUCGGAAUGUUUAACAACAUAGCAUAUACAGCAAAUUCCUGCCAUCGGCAGUUGAUUGGAGAUCGCCCUUUCAAAUUCAUACUUGAUUUAGUAGAUAGGACUGCGUUUUAGAUGAACAAGGAGAAAGACUCGAUUGACGUUUGUUUUUCCCCCAUUCGCACAUAUCUAGAGAGUGAAUUGUUCCUUAUGAACGUGAUUUAUCGUGAAAAAAAAAACAGAAGACUAUUAGUAAAAGGGAUCUCGCAGAUUUGCACAAUAAUACAAACACAUACGAAAGGAAUGCGAAACAGAGUGCAAACAAAGUUUACUUUGUGUAGAAACCGUGCAUACAAAUUUAAGUACGAUUGUUUAACACUUGUUUCGAAUUAUGGGAACGCAUUACAACAGAAAACUGACACUUGGAUAGAAUGGAAUGAUCCAGAAGAAAUUAUUGUUAUCUCAACGUGUGCAUG